AUGCCAGUUCUUGAUGGACUCCGUCACGGCGAGCCGGUGGACGACAGCCCCAGUUUCAACAUCAACGAAUCAAGAAAGAAAAUUGUCGUAGUUGGUCUGGGUAUGGUGGCUAUUUCCUUCAUAGAGAAAGUCAUCAAACAGGACUUUGCACAACGAUACGACAUUCUAGUGAUCGGCGAAGAGCCACACGUUGCGUAUAAUCGUGUGGGACUUUCAUCAUUCUUCGAGCAUCGCAUGAUCGAAGACCUGUAUCUUAACCCUAAGGAAUGGUAUGGAUCUUUCAAAGAGAGGGCAUUCGAUCACCAUCUCAACACUCGCGUCACCGAAAUCAAUCCUAAUAACAAGACCGUUCAAACAUCUAUGGGAGAUACGGUUCCCUAUGACAUCCUGGUCCUUGCGACCGGCUCAGAUGCCGUUCUUCCCACAAAUACUCCCGGCCAUGAUGCUAAAGGUGUAUUUGUGUAUCGCACAGUUCAAGAUCUCGAGCGUCUGAUUGACUUCGCCUUAAAGCAUAAAGGUGAAACAGCAGUCACCGUUGGAGGAGGCUUGCUUGGCCUUGAAGCUGCCAAGGCCAUGACCGAUCUGGAAGACUUUGGAAAUGUCAAGUUGAUUGACCGCAACAAAUGGUUGUUGGCACGCAAGCUGGAUGCCGAUGCGGGCACGCUUGUGACUCGUAAGAUCCGCGAUUUGGGCCUCGACGUGUUGCAUCAGAAGCGUGUUGCGACUGUCAAUACGGAUUCCGAUAACAAUGUGACUGGUAUCACGUUUGAAGACGGGGAGCAGAUCCAGUGCUGUUGUAUUUGCUUUGCGAUUGGUGUCAAGCCGAGAGAUGAACUGGGUCAUCCGUUGGCAUCCAGUCCGCUGAGAGAGGGGGGUUUGUUAUUGAUGAAGGGUUUUCUACAAACUUCGAUACCUAAUAUCUACGCCGUCGGCGAGUGUGCCAGCUGGGAGAACCAAACAUUCGGCAUCAUUGCUCCAGGUAUCGAAAUGGCCGACGUACUGGCUUACAACCUAACAAAUCCUGAUAAAGAGCAAAAAAGCUUCAAACGACCGGACCUCAGCACAAAAUUGAAGCUCCUCGGUGUGGACGUUGCCUCCUUUGGUGACUUCUUCGCCGAUCGGGACGGUCCUAUAUUCCUCCCUGGUCGACGACCGUUCAUCCCCGGGUCAACUGCAGAAGCCCCCCACGAGAAAGAGUUCCCCGUCAAGGCCUUGACUUACAAGGACCCAUUUGGUGGUGUAUACAAAAAGUAUGUCUCUACUAUGGAUGGAAAAUAUUUGCUUGGAGGAAUGAUGAUCGGGGAUACUCGGGAUUACUUGAAGCUGAAUCAAAUGGUCAAGGGACAAAAGAAGCUGGAGAUCCCACCAAGCCAAUUGAUUCUGGGGGCUCAGAAUGAUGGAGAGGAAAAUUCGGAUGACCUUGAUAAUAGCAUGCAGAUAUGCUCGUGCCACAACGUGUCAAAAGGCGAUGUGGUGGAGAAUGUCAAGAAUGAAACUUGCAAGACAAUGGGCCAGAUCAAGUCAUCUACGAAGGCCGGGACAGGUUGUGGUGGAUGUCUACCACUGGUGCAGUCCAUUUUCAACAAGACGAUAAUGGAAAUGGGACACGAGGUGUCAAAUCACUUAUGCUCCCACAUCCCUUACUCGCGAGCCGACCUUUACAACAUCGUUGCCAUCAAACAACUCAAGGCAUUCCCCGAAGUAAUGAAAGCAGCCGGCCAAAACUCAGGGUCUCUAGGCUGUGAGCUCUGCAAACCUGCCAUCGGCUCAAUCCUUUCAAGCCUAUUCAACCCACAUAUUAUGGACAAAGGCUACAACGAUCUCCAAGAUACAAAUGACAAAUUCCUCGCUAAUAUCCAGCGAAACGGAACUUUCUCCGUCGUACCGCGAGUUCCAGGUGGAGAAAUCACGGGCGACAAGCUUAUCGCUAUCGGCUCAGUCGCAAAGAAGUACGGGCUAUACUGUAAAAUCACAGGGGCUCAGCGAAUCGACAUGUUUGGUGCCAAGAAGCAAGAUCUUCUCAAUAUCUGGACGGAGCUCGUCAAUGCGGGGAUGGAGAGUGGACAUGCGUACGCCAAGGCGCUUCGGGCUAUUAAGAGUUGCGUUGGUACCACUUGGUGUCGAUUCGGGCUCAGUGAUAGUGUCGGCAUGGCCAUCCGCCUCGAAGAGCGGUAUAAGAGUGUCAGAGCACCGCAUAAAUUCAAGGGUGCUGUAUCUGGCUGCGUGCGAGAGUGCGCCGAGGCGCAGAACAAAGACUUUGGUCUUAUCGCAACUGAGAAAGGCUUCAAUCUCUACGUCGGUGGCAAUGGCGGGGCUAAGCCUAGGCAUUCCGAACUUCUUGUCAAAGACGUUCCACCAGAGAUGAUCAUUCCCAUCGUUGAUCGCUAUUUGAUAUUCUACAUUCGAACAGCCGAUAAAUUACAGCGAACCGCUCGAUGGAUCGAAAAUCUCCCCGGUGGAAUCGACUACCUCAGAGAAGUCAUCAUUGACGAUAAGCUGGGCAUUUGCGCCGACAUGGAACGGCAGAUGCAAGAGCUGGUAGACAGCUACUUCUGUGAAUGGACCGAAACAGUUCGAGACCCGAAGCGACGCCGAACAUUCCCGCAAUUCGCCAACACCGAAGAGACAGUUGAUACCGUGGAAGUCGUCCAAGAGCGCUCCCAAACCCGCCCUGCAUACUGGGCCAAAGACUCGGCCAAGGAAGACUUCAAGGGCCACAAGUGGUCGAGCGUCUCCUGGCAACCUGUUGUUCGAGCAGAUCACUUCUCUGAUGAACCGCCACAAGUGUCAUCGGCUAAUGUCAAACGUGGCGAUACGCAGCUUGCUGUGUUCAAAAUCAAGGGCACAUACUAUGCCACGCAGCAGAUGUGUCCGCAUAAGCGGGCAUUUGUGCUUUCUGAUGGACUGGUCGGAGAUGAUGAUGCAGGCAAGUACUGGGUUUCUUGUCCUUAUCAUAAGCGCAACUUCGAGCUUAAUGGUGAACAAGCGGGGCGGUGCUCUAAUGAUGAGGAUUUGAACAUUGCUACCUUCCCGGUAGAAGAGAGAGAUGAUAGGUAG